UCCCUGUGGUUUAGCUGUUUGAAGGCUGGGCUGAAGUGCGUCAGCCAGCACAGCUACAAACCACAGGCUCAUUCUGAAACCCCAGCAGAUGCAGGCAGAGGAACAAACAACACACCACUGGGCUGGGAGAGCCUCCAAGGUAUCAGACCCUGCAGGAUCCUGCUCAGAAGGCCCCAGAGAGCACCAGGACAAGGGCCUUGCUGUCUCCUUGCCAACUCACAAGAGAAGUCUACCAUGCCGAGCAACGUUUCCCACUGCCAAGUGGGUGACGAAAUGGAACCUUUCACCUACUUUUACUAUUUGAUUUUCCUUGUGGGAUUCAUUGGAAGCUGCUUUGCACUCUGGGCAUUCACACAACGAGGCCAGAAGCAGAAGUGCAUGAGCAUCUACUUAAUGAACCUCCUGACAGCCGAUUUCUUGUUGACUUUGGCGCUGCCGGUGAAGAUCAUUGUCGACCUAGGAGUGGCGUCCUGGAAACUGAAGAUAUUCCACUGUCAAGUCACAGCCUGCUUCAUCUACCUGAACAUGUACUUAUCCAUCAUAUUCCUGGGCUUUGUAAGCAUGGAUCGUUGCCUUCAGCUGAUGCACAGCUCCAAGAUCUACCGGAUUCAGGAGCCAGGCUUCGCCAAGGUGCUGUCCGCCGCCGUGUGGGCAAUGGUUCUCCUGGUAACGGUGCCCAACAUGGCCAUCCCCAUCAGAACCAUUGAAGAGAGGCCUGGAGCCACCUGCAUCGAUUUCAAGAGCAAAUUUGGGAGGGACUGGCACGUCUUCACCAACUUCAUCUGCACAGCCAUAUUCCUGAACUUCUCAGCCAUGAUCCUGGUCUCCAACUUCCUGGCGGUCAGGCAGCUCUACCGCAACAAGUACAGCGAGGGCUAUGCGCACGCCAGGAGAGCCCUCGUCAGCAUCCUGCUGGUGACUGCAGGCUACCUGCUCUGCUUCCUCCCCUACCACAUCGUCCGCAUCCCCUACACCCUCAGCCAAAGCCAAACCAUAACCAGCUGCUCUCUCAAGCAAGCUCUCUUCAAGGCAAAGGAAGCUACCCUGCUGUUCGCUGUGUCCAACCUCUGCUUCGACCCCGUCCUGUACUACCACCUCUCCAAAUCGUUCAGGCUGAAGGUUACUGAGACUUUCACAGCAGCCAAGGAGGGAAAGGCUUCCACAGACAGAGGUGCAGGACAGAAGGGUACAGCAGAGGCAGAAGGAGUGGCUAACAUCCAGCUGAGGAUCCUGCAGUACGAAUAGCUGCUGUGCCGCUGCAUGGCUGCCUGCCGUGGCCAACAACCUUCCUGCUCAACCACAACCCAAGCAGGAGGAGAAAAAAACCCUGACCAAACCCAGCUGGCUCUGUUACAGAGUCAGAUCACAGGUGUGAGGGAGGAGAGUGUUCAACAAUGCCUUUCAGCUCCAUGUACCAGUGAUGAUCUACAGGGAUCAGCAUUGCUGGAGGACACAGCCUGUCCAGACAGGCUCAAACACAGCAGUGUGAUUAUUUAUGGCAAGGAGCUCACCUUUUUCUCCCUUCAAUGUGGCACACCAAGAGAUUAUUUAACAGCAGCUCUUCAGCUGCAGAGUUUUCAUAUAUACAGUUAACCAUAAAAAGUACUUCAAAGGGCAUUAUUUACUCCAGUCUCCUUCUCUGGAGACCCAUCUGGAUGCAUUCCUGUGUGACCUGUGCUAGAUUCUAUGGUCCUGCUCUGGCAGGGGGAUUGGACAUGAUCUUCAGAGGUCCAACCCCUAACAUCCUGUGAUUUUUAAGGUGCACUAAUUAAAAAUGGUUUUAUCAGCUUACAU